AUGACAGCAGGUGUUGUACUAAUGGCCACAAGAGACAAGUUUCUGUUGCGGUUGAAGCAACAACAGGAGAGGGAUGUGGAUAUGUCAGAUAUGAGCUGCCAGAUCGGGAAUACAAAAACAAAUGUCACCUUCGCUUUACAUCCUUUGUCACUCUCAUUCACACUAAAGCGCAUACGAGAAUGUUUGCCGGAAAUACUGAAAGUAAAAUCGCCCGAUGAACGACUUGUGGGUGGGCAGCCGACCAUUCCGUUCACCUACCCGUUCAUGGCGGCCAUCCAACUGACUGACGGCCACCACGUGUGUGGAGGCUCCCUCAUCGACUCCCUCUGGGUCAUCUCGGCGGCCCACUGCUACACAGACACCAACAUAAAGGACUUGCAAGUGGUUCUUGGUGACCAUCAGCGAUCUGUAUCUGAAGGAACAGAGCAAAUAUUUUCAAUCAGUGAAAUUAAAAUGCACCCGUUUUACUCGGAGACUCACCGUAACGGUUACUUCCUGCCGAACGACCUUGCACUGCUCAAACUGUCACGCCCUGCCCUGUUAAACGGGUAUGCCGCAACUAUUGACCUCCCCCACACCUGCCCUUACAACAUCACCGGCCGCCGCUGCAGGAUUCUAGGAUGGGGCAGACUUAAUGGUGACGACCUCUCCGUGUCGGACGUCUUGCAGGAGGCCACGGUGUCAAUACACAGUCUAGCAGAGUGCAGGCUCACCUGGGGCAACUACACCUACCACGGACACAUCUGCACGUUCGAGCCAAACGUCUCCUCGUGCGCAGGUGUCAGUGGCGGACCGCUGAUUUGUCUCGAGAUGACCGGCUACGUCCUGGGUGGGGUCAGUUCGUGGACAGACACACAGUGCCACGACUUCCACAGCAUCUACAUGGACGUCAGCCAGGAGGCCGAGUGGGUUGACGCACUUCUCACUCUCCCACUCUCCCAAGUUUUUACUCUCCCAGGUUGUUAUCACCCUCCCAAGUUCUCACCAUCUCCCUGA